UAUUCUUUGCAUCUCUUUGGAAGAAGUUCACCACUCCAGGAUCUCUUCUGCAUUCAAAGGUUCAUCAAAAUGAAACAUUGGAGUGUGUUCCAUUUUAUUCUUCUAAAUGCUUUGAUAACAAGUGCUGUCAGCUUGACCCUAGAAAGUUGUUUCCAAGAGCAGUUGCGGCUCCAGGCCCAAGUAAGACUUCUAGAGAACAGCGUGAAGGAGAAACAGGCAAAAAUUGUGGAGCUCUUAAUGAAUAAGGACAUAGGACACAGAGUACAAGGAGAUGAAAACAAUGUCAUCAGUCUGGGAGAACAGCAAGAGUAUAAAGAUUGUGCUGAAAUCCAUAACGCUGGACACAAACUCAAUGGGUUUUACAAGAUGAAACCGCUCCCGAGUCCCACUGGAUUUUUUGCCUACUGUGAUAUGUCAGAAGGAGGAGGAUGGACUGUUUUUCAGAGGCGGUCAGAUGGGAGCCAAAAUUUUGAUAGAGACUGGGCGGAGUAUGAACAGGGUUUUGGUGAUUUUGCUUCUCCAGCGGGCGAAUACUGGCUCGGAAACAAAAACCUUCACUAUCUGACCUCUCAGGGAAACUAUACACUAAAAAUAGACAUGUCUGAUUUUAUGGGAGAGCAGCGCUUUGCACAAUAUGAAAACUUCCGAAUUGGAGACGAACAGAGUUCCUACACAAUGACUUGUGGACAAUACUCCGGCACGGCUGGCGAUUCCCUCACUGGGGGGUUUCACCCUGAAGUGAAGUGGUGGGCUAACCACCAAGGGAUGAAAUUCAGCACCAAAGACCGAGAUAACGACAAGUAUGAAAAGAACUGCGCUGAAGAAGACAAUGCUGGCUGGUGGUUCAACAGAUGCCACUCUGCCAACCUGAACGGCUUGUAUUACAAUGGACCCUACUCAGCAGCAACAGACAAUGGAAUUGUGUGGUUUACGUGGCACGGCUGGUGGUAUUCUCUGAAAUCUGUCACCAUGAAAUUGAGGCCAUCAGACUUCAACCCUGCCGAGCUUUAAGUUCAUGCUCUUGCACUCUUUUAAACAAAUUGAUCGAAAAUGUAUUAUGGUAUAUGCUUUCCUCUGCAUAAAUUGGCGACGCUGCAAACAAGGGCCACAGUCCAACAUGAACUGCCUGACAUGUCUCUUUUGGUUCACUGUGGCUGCCCAACAGGCAUCUUUCCGCCAGCAUCUGCACAGCAUUGUCAUGCUUUCGUAUACCUCUCAGCAGGGUUUUUCUGGGAAAAGAGGUGGUGGAACUCAGGACUGCACAAUGACGUCACUUUGGGUCAGCUGGAACAAGGGGGGAGUUUUUAAAAGUUUAAAUCGCCCUUGGUGAAAAUGGUCACAUGGCCGGUGGCCACACCAGUGGCGUGGAGGGCAAUCUAAACUCCCCUCCGUCUGGAGAUCAGGGGGCGGGGCCACCGGCCAUGUGACCAUUUUCAAGAGGUGCCGGAACUCUAUUCCACCACGUUCCAGCUGAAAAAAAGCCCUGCCUCUCAGUGUUCCCGUUGGUUUGCUGCAAUCAUUCCUAAACCUGCUUUGAGAUGAUCCUUUAGGAACAACUGCAUUCCCAAAGCAUGUUUGCAUCAGUGUCGAUAUGCAGAUUUUUUUCAGGUCCCACCCACACUGCUGUCAUUUUCCUUGCCUCAAUCCACCUGCAUUUCACAGCUCCACCAUCACCAUCGUGCCACCAGAGUGCUUUUUGAAGCUUUUAAAUUUGUUGAUGUAUCGCUAUAGCAUUAUAACACUGUAGCUGUAUGUCAUGCUGUAGCAAUAUGUCGAUUACUGAUUUUUUAUAAACGUUUCCAGUGCAAUAGGGGGGUACAUGGAAGCCACAUGAGGCUAAAGCAAGGGAAAUGCCAGGGAAAUUGCCACGUGGGCCUUUCAUUGCCUAUUUUGCAGCAGCAGCAGCAAGUAUUGUGUGGAAGUACCUAUGGGGAUAAGUGGGCUAAAGCAUAUAUAGCAUUGUAUGGGAUUGCGGCAAGUGGAUUUUAUAUAGGAGCAAAUAAAAACAGUACCAGACUCUGCAUUUUAUGAUGUGGCUAUGUAAACCAUUUAGGGACAACCAGACUUCAAAUUCUCAUAGUUUGGUGUCUUUUGCUACAAUUAAUGGUCUUUUUAAUCUGCUAGACCUAAUUUUUUGUAGCAAUUGAAUUGCCUGGUUGAUUUGCCUUGUGGCUCCCUCCCUGGACUCAGCAUUGAGGCUACCUUAAUUCUAUCAUUCUGGGAGAGAUCUGCCUCUCAAAAUCUCGAUGUGUCUGUAAUAAAAUCACACUUGAUGUAAUUCCAGUUUUUCAGAUGCUUUAAACUAGUGACCUAUAUAUUGCAGCCGCAUCACACAUCAUCUGCAGUAUCUGUAAUGCCCAGCUUGUCACAUAAUAUUUAUGUGGAACCAGAGGAUUUAAGGAAAUUAAUUUCAGAAGAAAUGCACUGUGUGAAAAGCUGAAGAUCUAGUGAAAGAAUUCUUUACUCACAUCAGAUACGUGGCGCUUAUUACCCUUUUCUUGUUAGUCUGUAUAUGGGUUUAAAACAAGGAUUCUGUUCAAUUUAAUAGAAGGUAAUCGUUGGCAAUUAAUUUCUGAUCUAGUUUAUGUCCAUCAUAGAGCUAGAGUGAGCAUGCUCCACAAAGCAGACUCUUCGCAUAUUUUGUCUCCCCAAAUGGCGGUUCCAGAAAAUCUGUGUGGAACUCAAAGUGUUCCUCAGAGGUGUGAUAUAGUGUUUAGAGUGCUGGAUUAGAACCCGAGACAAGCAGGUUUGAAUUCCUCACUCAGCCAUGGAAGACUGUCAGAUGACCUUGGGGCUUGGGCCUAUCACAAUCUCUCAGCCUAAAGGUUGUUGUUGUGAGGAUUAAGUGGAAGAGGAGGGAAAUGAUGUAAAAAAGUUUUGGCCGUUUCCACACACGUUGAAUAAUGCACUUUCAAUGCACUUUAGUUAUCCUUUAGAAGUGGAUUUUGUGUUUCACACACGAAAACCCAGUUCCAAAUGAUCACUAAAGAGCAUUGAAAGUGCAUUAUCCAACGUGUGUGGAAGCAGCCUUUUUUGGGUCCCCAAUCAGGGAGGAAAAGGGCAUAUACAUUUUAAAAAAUAAAUAAUUAUGGGACACUUAGAAAGAGGUCAUUUGUAUGCCUCUGAUACCCAAUGGCCCAGGAAUCGCAUGUGACUCUUUGACACGCCACCUGUGUCUCUUCUGAGAGCUGUUCUUCAAGAUGGCUCCAUAGUUCAGGAAAGUGGGCAAGGCCCUUGCCACCUUGAAACAGCUUCUUCCGGAAGAAUGUGUAAGUUGUGAACCUCCCUGAAGUGUAGGCCUUACGCGGGGAUGGAAGUAAACGUCUCUUUUGGUUGUUAGAGCUAAUCUGUCAUUUUUAUUCUGUGCAUUGGUUUUACAGUUAGAUUUCAUACAUUCAUUCCUUAUUUUUAAUAAAGCCCUUCCAAAAAUUAGAUUGUUUUUCAGUGUCAAAGUAAAAAUAAAAAAUGGGAACUAUUGCUAGGUGGUAAAUAUUAGCAAGAAAAUAUAUUUCCAUUAGUCUAAUGCUGUCAAAUAUUUCAGAUUUCUUUACAUACACUCCGUUUAUAGGUGCUCUCCCGUUAGCUACGCUUUGGGUUGCUAUCUUCUCUCGGUGGAGCUUUUGCCUAACCUUCCUUGCACGGUUGAUAUGAGGCUAUAGCACCAUUCUAGCAUCCACCUUCACUGAGUCUCGGGAGAGGUAGCAUAUACAUUUUCUAAAUAAAAGAAGUAAACCUGUUUUUUGAAAGGCUGAAAGCCAUGAGUGCCAGCAUGGUGUAAUGGUUUGAGUGUCAGUCUAGGAUCUGGAAGGCCUAAGGAUGUCAUUCCCCUGCUAGGGGCAGGGGAUCCCCCACUCCCACCCUCCACCCUCUGCCUCUACUCACAUGGCUGGUGGGGGAGGAAAGGUGAGGUAAAGCUACCCCGGGUAAACUCCUGGGGCGAUGCGAUGAUGUCACCUCUGGGAAUGACUUCAUUGCUCCUGCACUUCUCAGCAGGCCAAUUUUGGCUCCAAAUGGACCAAAUCUGGCCUGUUUAGGGCCCCAAUCAGCCCUCUGAGAAGCUCACGCACGCUCCCACGCCUGCACAAAGACAUCACUUCCCAGAAAUGAUGUCAUUGCACAGUCGCAGGAGUGCGACGGCAGAGCACCCAGGAAUGACAAAUAAGUAAGCACCGGGUCCCCCGCCUUCCCGUUGGGAAGUGCUACUGGACUCUCUACUACUUUGCGACUACAGACUAACAUGGCUAACUCCUCUGGAUCCUAAGCAAAGUUACUGCAGUCUGAGCCCUUUGAUUUCAAUUGGCUUAGACUGUAAUAACUCUGCUUAGGAUUUCACUGUAAAAGUACAACAGUGGCCAAAGGUGUUAAGAGGUAAUUACUCCCCUGUUGUGUAUGGAACAUUGCCAGAUUGUGGGGCUCCGGCUGCUUAUUUAUUGCACCUUAAAUCGCCACAAAUCCGCAGAGCUUUUAUGCUUACAAGGUUUAACAUUUUGCCUUCAGCAGAUUUUUGAGAACUCCUGAUCAGGAAAGACUCUGCCCACAUAGGGCUGGAGGUCCUGGAUUUCGAUCUCACAUUCUGCUUUAUCAUAAUUUUUAUACUGAGUUGAGGAACUCUUUAAUCAGCCCUUUUUUAUAUAAGUUUAAAUGUCACUCUGAUGAGCAGUUCGUUUUAUAUCUUUUAUCUGACCGGAAUUCUUACAUUUAGGGUUGCCAGCUUCCAGGUAGUGGCUGGAGAUCUCCUGGAAUUACAACUGGUCUCCAGGCCACAAAGAUCAGUUCACCUGGAGAAAAUGGCUACUUUGCAGGGUGGACUCUAUGGAAUUGUGCCAUGCCAAGGUCCUUUCCCUCCCCAAACACCACUUUCCCCAGGUUUCUCCAGGUUUCACCCCCCAGAUCUCCAGGAAUUCCCCAACUUGGAGCUGGCAACCCUACUUACAUUACUAAUCAAGUAGCUAGGUAUCACCUAGUGCUAAGCUGAUUGUGAACUUCUUUUUUGCCUUUUCCUUAAUGAUUGUUUAAUUGUAUUAUUCUUGAUGUUGUGUCACUUCGUUAUGUAAUAACUGGUCCUUUUUACUUUUGAUUGCAAUUAAUGCCUAAUAAAGGUUAUUGUAUUGUAUUGUAUAAAAGAUAAUUAAGCUACAUCAAGGCAUGUUGUGUUUGUAUCUUUAUUUUCAGUGCUGUGACUCUAGAAUCAGGCCAUAUCAAAUGAAAUUCUAAUUCAAAUCUGAGAGUGGAGCCCACCAAGCUAAAAACAUAUACAAAUCAUCACACUGGGGAACCUGUUGGGGAAUGUGUAGGCAGGGAAUGUUCUUGUAUCACUUCCUGGUUUAUGAUAAGCAUCCUUUCACAGAGUAUGUUACUAUUUAUAUUCCGUAUAGUACACCAUUGUCUAUAGGAAACAAACUUUGUGUUUAAAGAACCCGUUCAGGAAAUCUGAGUUUGUUCUGAACUCUUGUGUAUAGAUCUUAUCUCUGAAGG